AUGAACCUUCCUACCUUCUAUGGUUCUAAGGUAGAUGAGGACCCACAAAACUUUAUAGAUGAGGUGUUUAGGUAUUUGGAUGCAAUGGGAGUGACUCCUAGGGAGAAGGCGGACUUGGCUUCCUACCAACUCAAGGAUGUAGCUCAAGUAUGGUUUGAGCAAUGGAGGGAUGAGAGACCCAUAGGGGCUGACCCAAUAGAUUGGGGAGUGUUUAAGACGGCCUUUAUUGAUAGGUGUUUGCCCUUGGAGUUGAGGGAGCAAAAGUUGGCUGAGUUCAUGAACCUACGUCAAGGGAAUAUGAGUGUGAAGGAAUACUCUCUCAAGUUUACCCAACUCUCUAAGUAUGCUCCUACCUUGACAAAGCUUAGGAGGAUGAAUAGAGAUAUGAAGAGGGCUAGGCCGAAUGAUAAAAACCAAUCUAGGUCUAAGAAGAGGUUCUAUAACCAAGAUUCUUCAAUGGUCAACAAUGAUGGGGUGUCUAACGCUAAACCUCAAAGAGGUAAUGGAGGUGGUUCUACUUUUGAGAGGCCUAGGUGUGCUACUUGUGGAAAGCAACAUUUGGGCAAGUGUCUUGCAGGUACGGAUGGACGCUUAGGACGUGGGAGUAAGGGUCAUACGAUGAGAGAUUGCCCUACACUUAAGGCAAAAGGGAAAGAGACCAUUCAAGUUGCUCAUGAUGGCCCGGAUCCAAAUGCUCCUAAGAGGAACCGUUUCUAUAUGCUUCAAGCUAAACAGGGAUAA